CCUGCAGAGUUUGAAAGUUGUCAAGAGAGGGAAGAAGAAGAAGAAGAAGAAGAAGAAGAAGAAGAAGAAGAAGAAGAAGAAGAAGAAGAAGAAGAAGAAGAAGAAGAAGAAGAAGAAGAAGAAGAACUCGGAGUUCGGCGGAGGUGUGAUGGGCUGCAGCCACAGUAAGAAGAAAAGCAAAGGCAAGAAAGGAGAGAAAGCUCAGAAAGGCAGCAGCCGCCGAGAUGAAGGAGGUAAACGUACGUCAGCCCAGCCGGACGUCUGUCUGGAGAAGCAGCUGGAGCGUUUUGAAUGGCAGCUGAGGAUUUUAAAAGAGGCCAAUGGGAACCCAGAGAGGGCGGAGCUCCUGAAGGACCACGCUGAUGAGGAAGUGUGCGCCCUCGUUCUGAGCAUCCUGGACAAGGUGAGAACGGAGACGACGGCUGAUCUGAACGUCCUGCAUGAACAGAAAAGUAAAUCUGCCACCGAGGAGCACGAGAGACACGUAGAAGAGCUGCACAUGAAAGGAGAGCAGGAGAGAACCGAGCUGAUGGAGAAGUUCCAGGCGGCUGAGAACCUCCUCCAGGGUAAAGUUGCGACGCUGACCGCAGAGCUGCAGGUUUACAACGAGCUGAAGAGGAGAGCUGAAGAAUCCACCUUUAAGAAGGACCUGCAGAGGAACAUCCAGGCCCACGGCAGCCCCGGUGCAUUCUGGGAGUCUGAGCAGGAGUCGCUGCUGUUCGUCAUCGAGAUGAAGACUGAGCGCGUUCAGGAGCAGAACAGGAAGCUGCAGCAGAUGGAUGAGCUGGUGGAGAAGAACUUGUCUUUGGAGGACCAGAUCAUUCACACUCUGCAGCAGAACGAGGACCUGAGGGUCCGAAUAGACAACUGCCAGACCCUCAUUCAGCAGCUAUCGAAGGAGCAGCAGGACCUGAAGGCGGCGCUGGAGAGGCAGGCAGCGGUCAACCAGAAGCUUUCUCAGGAGAAAGAGCAGCUGAUGUUCAAACUGAGGCACAGGGACUCGUGUCCGACCAUCCACCUGCCGGCCAUGAUGCAGGAGAUCGCACCCAGAUGAUAGAAACCGUUCACCAACCAGGUUUACUGAGCGAGAGCUACCGAGCAUCCGAGUUGACAGGCUCCGGGGAUGGAAACGAGACUGAAUACUUGCAUUAACGUGCAUCUCCUCUGUUCUUAAUGUCGCAGUCGAGCAGGUUUACCAGAUUAUUCUGGUUUCACUACAAUCACUGGUGGCUUUGACCUUCCACAGCUGGGUGGUCAAACUGGACAGAUGUGCUUCUCCAUGUUCAUUUCUAAAACUUUGUCCAGAAAGGUGCGUCUGUUUCAUGACAGGUUGUUGUGAAAACAGACAACUGUGGCAGCACCAAAGUCCUCAGUCAGUCCGUGAAGUUGUGUUAGUCAGCCUUGUUAGCGAGCUGCUAUAGCCGAUGAGCUAACAGAUAACAAGUUAGCUCCCCGCUAACAUAAACAACAAGACUGAAUGCCUCCAUGUUGCUUUAGUAGCGUGCUGUUAGCUGUUGUUACCACACAGGGUUCAGAACUGGCCGACCAGAGCUAGCUUGUUUGUAGUUGGGAACUACACAGCUUGGUUGCUACGAGAACACAUUCAUGAUUAACUCCCGUUUGAUGACAGAGUUAGCAGAUGAUCUGGCUGUGCAGGACUAUAUACAACAAGAUGAAAUGAAUUGCCUCGUUAUGGACACAGAGUCGUGCAGUCAUUUUAUACAACACUGUCGGUUCUACAGAAUGGUCUGGCUAAUGUUUAAGUUUUCAUCAUUUUAGAUUCACUCACUAUCACUUUGUUUGCUAACAGUUAGCACUGCAAAUGCUUCACCAAAUGUUAGGGCUAAUUUUCCUCGCCAUCAUGAAACAAAUCCACAGCUUGACAGAAUAACCGAUUCCCCUCUGAUUUUUUUCUGUUAUUUCUGUUAUUUUCUAGUAUUAAGCUCCAAAACAUAAUGCAAAUAUAAAAAUCUAUGUACCUGGACAGCUUGCUGGAGGUACAUCUUUCAGGAAACCAUGGAAACAAAACAAUCAACUUAUACGAUGAUUUUUCUGGUCCAGUUCAGUCCUGAUGCCAAAAGUUUUUCCUGCAGUCAGCUUUACACAGAUUCUCACUAAAUAUCUUUUAACUUCAGCUCCAGAUGACAUCUUUUAAGUUACAGAUCUGUUCGAUGCUGCGGUCAGGUGAAGACGAUGUUUCACGUUUAGUCUCAAACUACCCUUUUAAAGUUUACUUAGUCGUUAUGAAAGUGUUCUAUGAGCCUCUGAAUCAACACGUUUUCCCUCCACAAGAACUGUUUUAGCUUGAUUCAUUAAAAACACAAAAGAUAUUUAAUCUAGCGUUUAAGCAUGCUAGCAUCUCAGCUAAAGAAAUUGAAACAUCAUGACAAUGUUUGGAUUUGUUGGCUUAAUCUUCACAUUAACCCUCACAAUGUUGGUUUUAGCAUGUUAGCUAAGUAGUCUGUUUACAUCUGUUUGAAUGUUGGCAUCCUAAAAUGGAAAAUGUCGACAUGUUAGCAGGCAUUAUUCAAUAAAAUGCAUGUUAGCAUUAGCAAACAGUAUACCAUUUCAGCUCAGAAUCAUAAAAUCUCAGUCUAGUUUUUUGACUCCAAGUGGUAACAAUUCAGACCCUAAUUAGUAUUUUGUUAAUUCUUUCAAACAAUUGUGUUUUCAUGAGUGUAAUUAGGAUUAAAUCCUUGCAGGGCUGCUGACGUAGCUGAAAAGUUAGUGUGAGGCCACCAGAAACUGACUCAUAUGGAAAUGACUGUGGCUAACGGUUAAGCUAACUACUUCUUGUGAUUCAUGAUUUUGUUCGGGUUACUGUUUACCUUGUUUUUAUACAGCUAUCUUAAGUUGUCCUGUGAUGUAAGAUGGCUACCAGUUAGCUUGCUAACUAGCUCAGACAGAAACUGUACCCCGAGCUUUAACGGUUACUGAAAGGACACAUUCACAGGAAAAUUAAUUUGAAAUCAAGUUAAGUUUGCUGCUAACCAGCUUGCUAAAAUAGUUUGCUGGCUGCCAUGUUAGCAUGAUUACCACUUAGCCACUUGGGUUAGCAUUAACCUGGCUUUUGUAUGAUCAUCUUAAGAUAUUCAGUGAUAUCACUGGGCUACCAGUUACCCAGCUAACUAGCUCUGGUGCUAACUAUACCAUUAGUUGUAAUGGUAACUUACCAUCACCUAAAUGCUAGCAUGCAAGCUCUAAGUUAAGUUGAUAACAGUAGCAAAAGUUUCAUGUUGCAGUAGAGCAGGUCUAUGUUCUAAAUGCUAGCAUGCUGGCUAGUUAAAAAAGCUCACGGUUUGAUUACAUUGAUAUCGAAAUUUACAUUCAAGUUUAACUAACUGGAGACAUGCUAAAUAUCCUGCCAAGUUAGCUGACUUGCUAGCUGAUAAGGUAGUGGUCACGUAAGGGUUAGCCCUGCUUUUGUACACCCAUCUUAAGUUGUCCAGUGAUGUGAUAUUGGUACCAGUUAGCUUGCUAACUAGCUGAGAUGCUAAGUGUACCGUGAGUUCAACAGUUAUUUUAAGGACACAUUUCUAGUGUACCUUAAUGUUAGCAUGCUGGCCUCCUAAAGGGAUGGGAACAGCUAGCUAGUUAGCUCAGUUGCUAGCAGUAGCAUGAGUCAUUUUAAGUUAAUUGAAGGACACAGAUCUGUAGCAUCCCUUCUUUCAGAACAUGCUACAUCUCUUUUGUGGAGCAGCUCUGUGCUAAAUGCUAACAUGCUAGCUUCCUCCAUUUCGGGCUUCUACCACCUGAACAGAUCUGAUGCAGGUUUCUCUGAGUUUCUCUGUUUUUAUGAACUGGCAGUUUAGUUUCGAAUCACUGAACAUAAGUCACUGUAAGUACGCUGCCUUUCAGUUGUGUUGGGGAUAUAUUUUUUUAAAGAUGUGAAAAAUUUUACCAUUUUUCUUUUAGUUCUUGGUCUCUCUGUGGGAUGAGAAGUUUGUAUUGCCAAAAAAAAACUGUUGCCAGUGUUCGACAGCUCUUUGUCCUCAUGCACCAGCACUUUGACCUGGAUUUCACCGGGACUCUAAGAGAGAUUUCUUCAUGUCGUACAGAGUUGGAAUUUCUCUGCUUUUCACGUGUAAAAAUGUGUUUUGUCUUUUCUCAGCUGAUCAAAAUUAAGCAGUUUCCAGUGUGAUGUAGAGACACUCAAAGAAUUUCUUUUUGGCUUGACGAAUUAAAAAUCUCACUAAGUUUGUUUUCUAAA